GCGGAGAGCCCCGCCCCCCCUCUCUUCCUAUUGGCUGCCGGCGGCUGUCACUCAAGCGCGCCCCCUUUAAAAGCGGAGUCGGCGCGGAGCGGCGCAGAGCGGCGGAUGGCGAUGAGUGCGCGCAGCCCCGAUGCAUCCCCGCGUCCUACGGAGGCACCCGGAGGGCAGCAGGAAGCCAAAGCUGCCGACCCCAAAAGGACGGAGGAGGAGGAGCUGAUCGACAUCGAUCUGAGCGCACCCGAAACGGAGCGGGCGGCUCUCGCCAUCCAGGGGAAAUUCCGCCGUUUCCAGAAACGCAAAAAGGAAUCGGGACCCUAAAGACCCCCCCGCCCCCCCCCCCCCCCCCCCCCCAUCGCCCCUCCGACCCCAUUAUUCGCAUAGGGGCCGCAGCCCCAUCCCAACCCCCCCCCCCGUCCUCAUUAUGGGGGCUCAGCUCUCCUAUGGGGUCAACGUCAAGAGUUCAGCCCUAACCUAUAGGUGAGGUGCCCCCCCUUUAAUGUGGGGGGUUGGGGGGGGGGGUCCCCCGAUGUCCCCCAGCCCUGCCGUAAGGGGGGGCACCUCUCCAUCCCCCGGCGUGACCCCAUUUGUCCCCCUUAAUGGUGAUGCUGAUGCUGGGGGGGGGGGGUUAUGGGAUGGUGUCCCCCAAAUGAGAGACCCCCCCGUGUCCUCUUAAAGGGGCAGGGGCUGUUGAAGGCUGUGUCACCCGUGUCACCCGUGUCACCCACCCCCCCCCCGCACCCCCACUUUGCUUUUUGGGGGGGUGAGCACUGGAAUAAAGCAGUGGGAGAAGAGA